AUGACUGUAAGAUCAUCUAUUUGGAAUAGACUAGAUGCAGGAGAAGAAUUUAAGCAGGAAAAUAAUAAAGAUUUCAUAAAUAAACGAUUUAGAUACAACUACUACAAAGGAAGCAAUUCUGGGUCGUCUGAUACAUGCACAGAUAGCAAUGAUGAUUGCACUAAGGGCGAACCAACUUCUCGUUGGAAUAUCCUUAAAAGAUUACAUACAAGGUAUCAUGAUAUACAGAUCUCCAUUAAUGAAAGCUUUGAACUUAUUGAUUGGGAAGACAUUGCCAAUAGAUUUGCUAAUCCUAUCGGGUAUUCAUUAUUGUGCCUAUUCUUCGUCGUCAAAUUUAUUCAAGAAAAUUUCAUACGACCUAGUUAUAAUAAAAUUUAUAGAUAUAGAUCUUCACAAAUCUUUAACCUGAAUGAUUCAGAAACUUUUAAUUAUUAUAAAGAUCAAUUUGACACUGAUGUUUUUUCAAUGAUCGAUACGUCUUCGGCAUAUUACGGUAGGCCUAAUGACGAAGAUUCAAUGUUUAUUAAAUUGAUUAAAUGGAUUAAUAAUUUUUGUAAUUCAUUAGUAGUCUUAUUAAUAUUUAUCAACAUUGUCAUUUCUUACCAAUUCUUAAAUGGAUAUUAUAGAAGAUACUCUUUAUUUUAUACAACCAAGAGACCGACGAAUACUUUAAGCAUCGUCAAAAAGAAUAAAAAAGAUCUAGAAAUUAUAUAUAAUGAAGAUGUUUUAAAUCUUUCAUUCUUCAGGAUACUAAAAUACUAUUUUUUUAAUAAAGAAAAUGAUCUGAAAACAAAGAAUAGUUAUCAACCGACUAAAAAGACUAUUUUAAAUGAUGAAACGUAUUACGAAUUAAGUAAAUGGUUACCAAAUACUUUUAUUAGGAAAUUGUUUGUUAGUUAUUCACCUACGAGUGUAUUAUUAUUAUUAAAUUCUAAUGAUAUUUCGUUCCUUACAAUAUUUUGGUUAGUUGCAAAUCAAAUACUAAUUUACUACCUAAUUGAAAUUAAAUACGAAAAUCGAAUUAUUGAUGAGCAAAUGCUAUAUAGGGAAAUGAUGAAUGAAUAUAGUAUGAAGACUAAACAACCAACUGCCAGACUUUCACAAAAUGUAAAGUUGGAUACUUCUUCUUAUCCUGGAGGGGGCUACGUUGAAUUCAUUGAUUCUAAUAAUGCUAUUGGAAAUAAUAAUAAUAUAUUUAAAAGACAUGAUCUAAAUGGUAGAGCACAUUAUGAAUCGUUCGAUAAAAGAACUGAUCAAUUUGAAGAACUUCGUUAUAUGCCUGAUUAUUCUGGCACAUCAAGUAGUGAUAAUACAGUUAUUCCAUCUUUACCACAUAAUAUUAUUCGAGUACCACCAAUGGAUAUGUAUUAUCAUUCUUUCUAUUCUAGAAGAAAUUCUCCUUAUAAAUGGAAUAGUAGACGCUAA